GCGACCUCAUCGACGGCGGCAUCGCCACCGAGGGGCCCGGGCCCGGCGGGAAAGACACAUCUGACUGCUCAGAACAAGCCAAUGGACCUUCCCAAAUGGAGGCUCUUUCCUUGGAGUCUGCCAGCAGGGAAGCCUAUUUCAGCAGAGUGGAAACAUUCACCCCGCUCAAGUGGGCGGGCAAACCGAGCUCGCUGUCACCUCUGGUGUGUGCCAGGUUCGGCUGGGUCAGCGUGGAGUGUGACAUGCUCAGGUGUUCCAGCUGCCAGGCUUACCUGUGCAUGAGCCUGCAGCUCGCCUUCGACCUCAGCAACUACAAGGAGCGCUGUGAGGAGCUCAGGAAGGCCCUGAGCACUGCCCAUGAGAAAUUCUGCUUCUGGCCAGACAGCCCCUGCCCAGAUCGUUUUGCCAGGCUGUUGGUGGAUGAGCCCAGAGUUCUUCUCCAGGAUUUCCUGGAUCGUUUCCAGAGCCUGUGUCAGCUGGAGCUGCAGCUCCCCUCCCUCAGACCAGAAGACCUGAAAAAUAUGUCCCUGACAGAGGAAAGGAUCACUCAGCUCCUCCAGCUCAUCGAGGAGGAGCUGGAGCACAAAGGAACAGAGGGAGAGAAGGCUCCUGGGAAGUUUUCCACAGAAAUCCUGCAGGUGCACGUUCCUGCCUGCAUCCUGGCACUGUGUGGCUGGACCUGCAGUGCUUCCUCUGGCUCCAUGAACCUCUCAGUGAUCACCUGCUCCCGUUGCAUGAGGAAAGUGGGGCUCUGGGGUUUCCAGCAGCUGGAAUCUGCUGCAGCUCCAGAGCUGGAUUCCUGUGGCUCCAGCAGCACCACCCCAGCUGCUCCUGAACGUUUCCCAGCCAUCCCCACGUCCCCACGCAGGAUGCUGACACGGAGCCAGGACCCAGGAGCUGAGCAGCAGCACGACAAGAGCCCAUCCCCAGCCGUGUGCCGCCCUCGGGGCUGGGAUUCUCCGGGCUCGGUGGACAGGAGCGAGUUGGAGGUGAGCAGCCCUGCAGUGAGGAGCCGCCCCGUGACCAGGAGCAUGGGACAAGGGGACAACAUGGAGGUGCCAUCGAGCCCCGUGCGCAGGGCCAAGCGCGCCCGGCUCUGCUCCUCCAGCGGCUCGGACGCUUCCUCGAGGAGCUUCUUUCACCCCAGCUCUCAGCACCGAGAUUGGUGUCCCUGGGUCAGCACUGGGGAGGGAGAGGAAUCCCUGGAAGAUGCAUCCCAGCCAGAGAAGGAGCCCGGGAAGGCCAAGCCAGGCUGGGAAGUGGUGCUGAAGAGGCUCCUUGGCAUCCAAAAAUGUGACACAGUGCCCGAAACGGAGCCAGUGAGCCUCUCGGAGAAAUCCUGCAAGGUGUUCCGCAUUUUCAGGCAGUGGGAGAGCAUGAAUUCGUCCUGAGCA